AUGCCAAACGGAGAGCGGCUGAUGCCAUACGAAGAGCGGCUGAAGCCAGAAGGAGACCGGCUGAUGCCAAACCAAGAUCGCCUAAUUGCAAAUAAGAUAACUCAACUACUUCAGCACUACAGUCGACACAGUUAUCCUAAUGGGAAUGUCCUGCAACUGAUACGUUCCUAUGUCAAACAUAAUGUAGACAGCUUCUCCCUAAUCAGACUAUGUGGGUACGUAAACUAUUUUCUAAAUUUGAAGGUGAAAGGGGAUAGAAGUUUCAAUUUCGUCAUCACCAAUUCGCUCAUAAAGAAGAUUAAGAAUGACGAGUUUGUCGACCUGUACGGCGUUUGCUUAAUCGCUAAGUUUGUCCUGAGGGAGAGGGUUAAAAAUGGAGACCUCCUCUCCUUGCUGGGUUCGCUCGUACGAAGCAAAGGUGACGCAACGGCUAGUCCGUUUGACGUGUAUAAUUUGGUAGUUUCUCUUCUGAGCAUUCAAAGCGAGGGGCUGCUCCGGGGGGACCUGUCGCCCACAAAAUGGGGCACAGAAAGAAGCAAACAAAGCAGCAGACAAACUUCUACUCACGACAUUGCCACUCACGACACUGCCACUCACGACAGCGCGUACCCCUCAGAUGGAGUGACCCACAUGAACGAACAAAACGUGCACGCACUGCUCCAUCUAUACCUUAACGCACGAAGAGUAAAAAACGAAGAACUCGUCCUAAUUAUCAACACCCUCAGGAGCAUGGACAGAACGGCUUUCUUCUACCAGAUGAAUUUAACCAAAGAUCAGAGGGUCCAACUUUACGAGGCUCUCCUAAGACGAGUGAAUUUCGAGCAGAGGUUCCACGGGAAGGUACUUGCGCUCUUCCUAUUUAAUUUACGAAAAAUGGUCAAAUUGGGGGAAAUAUCCGAAGGGGUCUUUUUCUCCACUGUGCUCAACUUGGGUGCGGCCUUCAGGGAGGCUGCCGCGGGGACCAAGUUGCAGGCGAUGUGGGCGGAGAAUCCCACUCUGAGAAUCCCCAAAGGUGUAGAAAUUCCGACGGGGGACGUUACGAAUGGUUUGAGUGGCCUGGAUGGUCCCGAUGGUAUGGAUCGUCUCCAUGGCAACCUCGUGGGGGAGGCUGCCCAGGGGGGGCCCCCACAAUUGAGGACACAUUUUACCCUGCAGGAGAUCGGCAUGGUGCUGCAAUUUUAUGACGCCCUGAUGGGGGUCUCCCAGGGGAAGAGGGGCAGCACGGGGGGUACCUUGCAACCGGUGCGACACACCGCAUUUUCACAGCAGGGUGGAAGUUUUUACGACGAAGGGGCAGGUGCAGCGCGGCGGAUGGAGGGACCCACGGGGGAAGAAGGCGCUGUAGCUGCGGCCAACCCCCCUGUAAAGGACCUUUCUGAAGACGCCCCGGUUGAGGAGACGCCUCCCCUAGCUGAACUGUACGAACCGUCAGUACACCUGCUGAAGGAAAGCCUCCUUCUUUACGCCCAAGCGAGUUACAAAAAAAAGGUAAAAAUGAACACCCUCGAUUUCUGUACUCUACUCAAGGGACUCUCAAAUGUUUUCCAAAACACAUUCCUAGAUAGAAACAUACUUCCCCUUUUUCAAAACUUUCUAAUAUAUAAUGGGAAGAGGAUUAAAAUAAAUGAGUUGCAAAUGAUCUUAAAGUUAAUUCUGGAGAAGAGAAAAUUGGACUUAUUCUCUCUCUUGUGUGGCGGUAGGAGUUGCUCCAUUUUCGAGCCCCUGCAGAGUGUACUCUUGACAACGGUCCUGAACGAAUCACCUAACUGGUGGAAUCAGGAAAGGAUGGAAGCAUGCAUCAUGUGCUUCUACUAUUUGUCCUUCUUAAACUUCAACCGGAAUACGUACCUCGUGGUGAACCGAUUUGUAAUGAAUCACGUGACAUACGGCCGCGCCGUUGCGCUUGUGCCCUACGUUGUUCUGAGCAAAUUUAACUACCACCUGUUGGAGGUGAGAGCGGUCAGGAGAGCGGAAUCGGUUAUAGUGUCAGAAGCAGUGGGAGAAGCGGAAUCGGUUAGAGGAGCAGAAGCGGUGGAAGAGGCGGAAUCGCUUAGAGGGGCAGAAGAAGCGGCAAAAACCAGCAACGACGAACUGCCCCCAAACGGGCAAAUCACACCUAACUUCGACAGGAUGGACACACUCUUUCAGUUAAUAAAUCGACACUUCGAAAAGUAUAGAACCUUCUUUGUGCUAAACUGUCUUUACGCGCUUACCAAGUUUGUAAAGGAUAACAGGACAAUCGGUUUGCCACCGUUUUCGAAUUUUUCCUUCCCCGAGUUAUUCAGCAAGUUGAGCGAUCGGCUGUUAAUGCAGAGUGGAGUGAGAAGGCAGCCAGAGGGGGACAACAUCCGCACUCAUUAUGAUUUCUUUGUGAAUUAUGUGAAGUACAAUUACUGCCUACUAUUCCUUUGUCAGUAUGUCGAUUUGGAGAUUUUUCUCCAGAGGGUUCCCUUAGAGGUUGAAUUUCCAUUUGGAUUUUACACCCCUUUUAAUGCCUACCUCACCGCGGAGUUUUUAGCCAACUAUGAGCGGCUGUUGGGGAGCGGCCGAGUUAGCGGCGGAGUUAGCGGCCGAGUUAACGGGGCUGUUACUGGGACCAAUUCACUUCCGUUCUCGCGAGAGGUGAUGAACUCCCCGUGGAGAGAAAUCCAAAUGGAGAAAAAAAAACUGCUGAAAAAUGUAACCAAGUACGCAGACGCGCACUGCAAGGUGAUGAGCAUACACGACCUUAUACACUUGAUCAAGGCGUUCAAAGUGGUAGCCCCUUUGCUGGGAAGUGGCCAUCUGUCUACCCUCCACACGUGCAUGUCAAAUCUCCCUUUCAGCGGAAACGUUAAGACGAGCACCAGCUUCGAGCUCCUAACAGAAUUGAUCAAAUUUAUGUACCACUUUGAAUUGCAAAACGGGGAAGUGUUUGACGACUGCCACGAUAGGGUAGUGGACAUGUUGAUACUCGCAUUCAGAAUUGUUUUUAAAAAUUUACCUGACCGUACAGACAAUAACUACCUUGGCAUGCUGCAGUUUUCCCUCCUGUAUGUGUCUCACUUUGUGCGCGGAGCAAAUUUGCUUUUCAAUUCGCUAUCCCUCACCGAUUUGAAACGGGCGGAUUACUUCACGAGCUUGUCGCCGAUGAACUUGGACAAGUACCCCCAAUCCUCGUGCACAUUUCAGCUACAAAUUUUAAAAGUCCUUAAAGGAGUUGUCAAAAAUGAUAAGAGGCUACUAAAUGAAUACCGCGUCGGCGACACACCGUACACGGUUGACAUUCUUAUAACGUAA